UGUAGAACUGACACUGGACUCGUUAUCGGAUUCGUUAUUGGAUUUGAUCUUUGGAUUUGGUGAAGAGCGCGAGCUCGGACCGGGGGAAUAAUGGUGAGGAGAUGCCUGCUGAGUAUCAAACCGUUCAGGAUCUUCGUGCUGGGGAUUGGCUUCUUCAGCCUGUGUUUUUUAAUGACCUCUCUAGGCGGCCAGUUUUCUGCCAAGCGCCUCACCGACUCUCCCUUCACCGUCCGGACUGAAGUGUUCGGAGGGGUGGAGUCGCGGGGCAUCCUGAGGAAGAUCAGUGACAUGCUGGAGGUCAUCAUGAAGAGGAUGGAUAAUCUGUCCAAACUAGAGAACACCAACGACUCACGACGUCUGGAGGAGCUCAGCUCUGCCAUUAGCAGGAUCCAGCCAGCAGGACUGGUGGAGAGAAUUCAGGCCAUCGCUCAAAACGUAUCCAACAUGGCAGUCCGAGUGGAGCAGAUUUUUCAGAAAAGCAUGGCAGCAUCAAGAGUUGUAAGAGAUGAAACAUCGAGUCAGUGUGAAGUUCCCAAAGAUCCACACUUCCCCGACUGUGCUAGUAAAGUAGAUUGGAUGCGAGCACGAUGGACAUCCGAUCCAUGCUACGCCUUUUAUGGCGUUGACGGCUCUGAUUGCUCCUUCCUAAUUUACCUCAGUGAGGUGGAAUGGUUCUGCCCCCCGCUGGCCUGGAGAAACCACAGCACCACACCUCCAGUGCAGAGAAACUCACCCAAACGGCAGGCAGCGUUUCGUACAGAUCUCAGCGCUCUGUUGGGCCAGGUUGGCACAGGAAAAGAGUCCCUGAGUUUCAUGAAGCGACGGAUUCGCAGGUUGGCAUCGCAGUGGGCCACAGCCGCCCAGAGACUCGAUCUAAAAUUACACCAACGCUGGAGGGAGCAAAAGAAAAUUCUGGUACACGUGGGCUUCCUGACGGAGGAAUCUGGUGACGUGUUCAGUCCUAAAGUGCUGAAAGGAGGUCCUCUAGGGGAGAUGGUGCAAUGGGCCGACAUCCUCACCGCCCUGUACGUCCUAGGACACAACCUCAAGAUAUCUGUGUCAGUCAAAGAGCUGCAGGGGUUUUUGGGAGUUCCUCCAGGAAGAGGAAGCUGCCCCCUUACAGGACCUCUGCCCUUCGAUCUGAUCUACACGGACUACCACGGCUUACAGCAGAUGAAGCAGCACAUGGGACUUUCAUUAAAGAAACACAAGUGCCACAUUCGGGUUAUAGACACGUUUGGGACAGAGCCGGCGUAUAACCAUGAGGAGUAUGCUACUCUACACGGUUACAGGACCAACUGGGGAUACUGGAACCUCAACUCCAGACAAUAUAUGACCAUGUUCCCUCACACUCCAGACAACUCGUUUAUGGGGUUUGUAUCAGAAGAGCUAAAUGAGACGGAGAAGCGCAGCAUUCAGCAGAAUAAAGUGAAAACCAUGGCGGUUGUGUACGGUAAAGAGGCCAGCAUGUGGAAGGUGAGAACCUCACUGCAAAAUGGUAAAGAGAAGUUCCUGCAGAUUCUGAACCGCUACAUGGAGGUCCAUGGUACAGUGUACUAUGAAACACAGCGCCCCCCAGAGGUUCCUGCUUUCGUUAAGAACCAUGGAUUACUGCCCCAAGAGGAGCUACAACAGCUUCUGCGCAAAGCCAAGCUCUUCAUUGGCUUUGGUUUUCCCUAUGAAGGACCCGCCCCUUUAGAAGCAAUAGCCAAUGGAUGUAUUUAUCUGCAACCCAAGUUUCAUCCUCCUCACAGUUCACUCAAUCACGAGUUCUUCAGAGGGAAGCCGACGUCCAGACAGGUGUCGUCUCAGCACCCGUAUGCUGAGCAGUACAUUGGACGUCCUCACGUCAUGACCGUUGACUACAACAACUCCCAGGAAUUCGAGACUGCAGUCCGAGAAAUUAUGAGAACUAAGGUAGAACCAUAUUUGCCCUAUGAGUACACCUGUGAAGGAAUGCUUGAAAGAGUUCAUGUGUACAUUCAAAAUCAGGACUUUUGCCGCCCAGAGGCUGUGUUCCCACCUGCUAACGCCUCUAAAAUCUGGCCCAGAGGUCCAUUCAGAAUGGUGCCCGACUCUGAACUGGUUACAUGGGCUGCAAACGCGACGGCGCCACCCUGCUGGCCACCGCUGAGCUCUCUCAGACUCAUGGAGUCCGUGGCGGGGCAGUCGUGUGUGGAAGCCUGCAGGACAUUGGAGCUGGUUUGUGAACCCGCCUACUUCGGCUUCAUCAAUAACAAAGAGGCGCUAAGCACGUUGGAGGUGCAGUGCGAGGUGGUGGAGCUGGAGAUGAACCACAUAUUUCCUGCCUUUUCUGUGGCAGGUCAAGAAUGUGGACUACAAAAGGAACCUCUGCUUUUUAGCUGUGCCGGGCACAGCCCUAAAUACAGGCGCAUUUGCCCCUGCAGGGACUUCCGCAAAGGCCAGGUGGCGCUGUGCCGGGACUGCUUAUGACAGUACAGGACUCAAACGGAUUCGUUCCUUUUGGGGUUCUUUCUGUGGGAGCACAUUUUUACUUCACAAGGCUGCAGGUCUUUCUGUGGUCCAUGUUCAGGACAUACAUGGGUGAAGUCUCAGAGAAGACAUUUAGUCUAGUUGUUAUGACCGCUUCCUACUCCACGAACAGCUUGGAGAUCUGGAUGCACCGAAAAUCCUUGAUCACACUAGAUAUUUGUAAUCCAAUUUCCACAUUUACAUCCAAUGCAAAAACAAAAAAAAUCACCCAAGAAACCAGCAGAUUUAAUUAGUUAAACUCUCGAUCCAGACUGACAGAAGCUCCUACUGCUGCAAUAUUACCCAAUCAUCUUCAAAUGUUUAAUAAAAUGUAGCAACAAGGUUCACAACACUGUGUUAAACAGAAUAAAUUGUGUUAAUGUUUGUAUUAAAUGAUUGUGCUUUUUAUUGAGGGCCAAGUUAGGUUAGCUUGCUAACAGCAACAUGAGCAGGUGGAUUACCAACAAACUCCCAAUUUUUAAA